AUGCUCCAGCUCUGGCGCGUAAUCAAACUGCAUACUCGUGCCCUUUCCUCCUUCUGCCGGCCCGCCGCGAAGAGAGUCUGCGAAGCGGGAGGUUGCGGGGAGGCGGCUCAAGCGGCGCUCGACGCCGGCCUAUCGACCGAGGCGGCGGAUGCGGCGGGCAAGGCGGCGGGCGAUGCGAUCAUCGCCGGCAAGUCGCCAGAGGUAGCGGCGGCCGCGGGUGAGGCUGCGGGCAAGGCGGCUCAAAAGGCGCUGGAUGCCGGCCUCUCGCCGGACGCAGUCGAUGCGGCUGGCGAGGCGGCAGGCGAGGCUAUCCUUGCGGGCAAGAGCCCCGAGGUUGCGGCCGCCGCUGGCGAGGCUGCCGGCAAGGCGGCUCAGAAAGCACUCGAUGACGGCUUGUCACCUGAUGCUGCCGACGCGGCGGGCGAAGCUGCGGGCGCGGCGAUCAUUGCGGGCAAGACGGCCGCGGAGGCAGCCGCUGCUGGCGAGGCUGCGAGCAAGGCGGCCCAGAAGGCGCUCGACGACGGCUUGUCACCGGAUGCUGCCGAUGCGGCGGGCAAGGUGGCGGGCGACGCCAUCAUCGCAGGCUACACGCCCGAGCAGGCAGCGGCGGCCGGCGAGGCGGCGGGCAAGGCGGCCCAGAAGGCGCUCGACGACGGCUUGUCACCGGAUGCUGCCGAUGCGGCGGGCAAGGUGGCGGGCGACGCCAUCAUCGCAGGCUACACGCCCGAGCAGGCAGCGGCGGCCGGCGAGGCGGCGGGCAAGGCGGCCCAGAAGGCGCUCGAUGCCGGCCUGUCGCCGGAAGCGGCUGAUGCGGCUGGCGAGGCGGCAGGCGAGGCUGUCCUCGCUGGCAAGUCGCCCGAGGAGGCGGCUGCUGCGGGCGAGGCUGCCGGCACGGCGGCCCAGAAGGCUCUCGAUGACGGCUUGUCGCCCGAGGCAGCUGCGGCCGCGGGUGAGGCGGCGGGUGACGCCAUCAUCGCCGGCAAGAGCCCCGAGGUGGCGGCCGCUGCUGGAGAGGCUGCCGGCAAGGCGGCUCAAAAGGCGCUCGACGCCGGCCUGUCGACAGAGGCGGCGGAUGCGGCUGGUGAGGCGGCAGGCAAGGCUAUCAUCGCAGGCAAGUCGCCCGAGGUGGCUGCGGCCGCUGGCGACGCUGCCGGCAAGGCGGCCCAGAAGGCGCUCGACGAUGGCUUGUCGCCCGAGGCUGUCGAUGCGGCAGGCGAGUCGGCGGGCGACGCCAUCAUCGCCGGCAAGAGCGCCGAGGUGGCGGCGGCCGCGGGUGAGGCUGCGGGCAAGGCGGCUCAAGCGGCGCUCGACGCCGGCCUAUCGACCGAGGCGGCGGAUGCGGCGGGCAAGGCGGCGGGCGAUGCGAUCAUCGCCGGCAAGUCGCCAGAGGUAGCGGCGGCCGCGGGCGAGGCUGCGGGCAAGGCGGCUCAAAAGGCGCUGGAUGCCGGCCUGUCGCCGGAAGCGGCUGAUGCGGCUGGCGAGGCGGCAGGCGAGGCUGUCCUCGCUGGCAAGUCGCCCGAGGAGGCGGCUGCUGCGGGCGAGGCUGCCGGCACGGCGGCCCAGAAGGCUCUCGAUGACGGCUU